AAUAUCAAAAAAGGGCAAGGGCACUGUUCAUAGUCUUCCUCUGCCUUCCUUUGUAUUCAUGCCAGCCAUUUCAAUGGGUCAACGGGUCUCGAUUGUCCAUUCCGCGUGCCGGAGGCUCAAAAAGUUAUCUCUCAGGGUUUGCAAACCCAGCACCUAGGACCCUCCAGAAGUUAUCUCUUUGUGUUUGCAGAGAGAUGAUUUCAGAUACCCAAAUAAAACACUCCCCGUAGCCGUAAGAAAACAGUGGGGAGAGAGAGGCAGAGAGAGAAUUUCAGAUCCGUGGAUCUUUUUCCGUUGUUCACGAACUAAAGCACCAAGAGAUAAAGAUGGGCGAAAUUGUCACAGAUAAAAAUCUUAUGAGAAAAAAGAAGUGGGGAAAAGGAAAAGCUUAGAAAAAGCUCGAAACACCCGUGAGAAACCGUUCAGGAAUGGACCGGAUCUCGUCGAAUAAGGAACACCCAUUAAUCCACAAAUGUCCAAAAACAGUAGCCACAUCUCCGAAACCUUUGAAUCUCCACGUCUUAUAGCUUAAGCAUACCAAGUUUUUCGUAGAAGAACAGAGAACAAGAUAUCCAUCUUUUAUAUCUUUUUUCUUACUUCAGAUCUUCUACACGAGUCCAUCGAGAAAAUAUUUCAAAAACAAACAUCAUUCAACUCAUCGCUCAAAACCCACCAACUUGAAUUCAAGCUUUCUCUGAACCAUAAUCAGCAAACAGGAAAAGAGAAAGAUUGCGAAAAAACAGAAAAGAAGAGAUGGAAUAACCUUUAAACCGAGGACCCAUUAACAAAAAAACGAGAUGAUUAGCAUCCAGAGACAGAGACAGGUCUUUCAAGCUCAAGAAGGCAAAGAUGAAGUUUUCACACAAACAAAAUAAUGUUCCAAUGCGUUACACGACGGCCUCUCUGUCUUUCUCCUCCUCCUCCUGACUCCCGAGUCCUGAGCUCCCCCUUUCAUAGAUAUACAAUUCUCUACACCCCACCCCCUCUAGGCUCUAGCUCUAAGGCCUUCCCGUGCGUCAUUCGAUGAUGGAUGGCAUAAAUGAACCGCUUCACAUGAGUCGUUGGAUCUUCACCGAAACCUUCGACAAUCAUAACGCACAUGUUGGCCACGUUGGAAUGGUCAGGAGCUGUGUUGGGCAGAGGCGGGAGCGUUGCUGGAAUUAUUUUUAUUGAUAUUAGGGCCCGAAAGUUGCCCUUAUCUAUAUAACCCAAAAAAAUCGACAACUAAAUCCAGUCCCGGGUCCCCUAUUUACCCUACGGAGUGCAGUUCCGUAUUCUGUUUCUGUCUUUCUAUUCCUAAUGUGAGCGUCCACCUGCGACUGGAGAAGAACAGGGUCUAUUUGCGUCGUGCCGUCUGUUGAGAAAUGUUGGUCCGUUGUGUGCGCAUGGUCCUCUCUUCCGGCCGGUCGUUUUCGGUGGAAGCGGCGGCAGAGGCCUUCACCAAGGGUGGCUCUACCAGCACCAGCACAAGCAGCGGUGGACGAGACACGAUAGGGCGAAGGCUUCUCACUCUCAUAUACCCGAAACGCAGCGCCGUCGUAACUAUUCGAAAAUGGACCGAAGAAGGCAAAACCGUACGCAAAUACGAGCUCAACCGUGUGGUCCGAGAGCUUCGAAAGCUGAAGCGUUACAAACAUGCACUCGAGAUAUGUGAAUGGAUGACAGUUCAACCAGAUAUAAAGCUAUUACCAGGGGACUAUGCUCUCCAUUUGGACUUAGUUGCAAAAGUUCGUGGCUGGGUUAGUGCGGAAAAGUUUUUUGAAGAUCUUCCGGAACAUAUGAAGGGGGAACCUACCUAUUCUGCUCUUCUCCACACCUAUGUACAACACAAUUUGUCUGAAAAAGCAGAGGCUUUGAUGAAGAAAAUGUCAGAAUGUGGUUUUUCAAGGAAUGUUCUUCCUUAUAACCACAUGCUAUCCCUCUACAUUUCAAAUGGACAAUUGGGGAAGGUCCUGGAAGUUAUCCAGGAGUUGAAGAAGAACACCUCUCCAGAUGUGGUUACCUACAAUUUGUGGCUAAAUGUAUGUGCUUUGCAAAAUGAUGUUGAGGAUGCAGAAAAGGUCUUCCUAGAACUGAAAAAGGCAAAAAUAGAUGCAGAUUGGGUGACAUACAGUGUUUUGACUAACUUAUAUAUAAAAAAGGAUCAACUAGAGAAGGCAACUAGUACCUUGAAGGAGAUGGAGAAACGGGUUUCUAGAAAAAAUCGUGUAGCGUAUUCCUCCCUCGUUAGCUUGCAUACCAGUAUGGGAGAUAAAGAGGGGGUAUACCGGAUAUGGAAGAAGAUUAAAUCAACUUUCCAUAAGAUGAAUGAUGCCGAGUAUACCUGCUUGAUAGCAUCUUUGGUGAAACUUGGGGAGCUUAAGGAAGCUGAGAAUGUCUAUGCAGAGUGGGAAGUGGUGUCUGGGACUGGUGACUCUAGGAUUCCUAAUUUACUUCUUGCAGCUUAUAUUAACCAAGGUCAGAUGGACAAGGCUGAGAAAUUUUGUGAAAGGAUGGUUCAGAAGGGCAUCACACCCAGUUACACAACUUGGGAACUUUUUGCGUGGGGUUACUUAAAAAUGAAGAAAAUGGAUAAAGUCCUUGAUUACUUCAAGAAGGCUAUUGAGAGUGUGAAGGAAUGGGAUCCCACUGAUCGAAUUGUUCGAGAGGUAUUUGAUAACCUCGAGAAGGAAGGUAAUAUUGCAGGUGCAGAGCAGUUCUUGGUUAUUCUUAGGAGUGCAGGAUAUGUGACGACUCAGAUAUAUAAUUCAUUGCUACGCACAUACGCAAAAGCCGGUAAGAUGCCUCUUAUAGUUGCUGAACGCAUGAAGAAUGAUAAUGUUGAGUUGGAUGAAGAGACUCGGCAGCUUAUAAAGUUGACAAGCAAAUUUUGCGUAGGUGAUGUUUCGAGCAUUCUUUCUCAUUAAGGAAACUGCACAUUUUUGAAUCAGAAUUUUCUUUUUCGGCCAGAUUUAUCCAUGAAUAUCAAUUCUAUAUCUUUCCCUGCC